UGUGUGUCUCCAACAGACAAAAAAGUUUGUGUCGUGGGUAAUUAGAAAUCAAGACAGUUUAUUUAUGUUAAACUGUUAUGCAUUAUGCAAAGGUUUAAGGACAUGGCGAAAUGUAUUGUGUGACAACUUCCAUAGGUCUUCUGCAAUGCCUAAGAAAGCGAACAAGAAAGAAAAGCCGGUAAUUGUGCAAAAAAAGGUUUCUGACAUAUCGCCUCCACUGGCAGUUGACAAGAGUGGUAAUUUAUUGCUGGCAAUUCUAGCAAAACCAGGUGCAAAAGAAAACCGGAUCACAGGGCUCCCGAUCGAGACAGAAAACUUUACUCAUACUUGACAAGACUAUUUCAGCAGAACAGAUAAUGGAAAAACUUAUGAAGGAAGUACAGUAAAACACACUGAAAGCAGGUAAACAUGGCUGACAAGGCAGUGGUGAUCCCUUCUGAUGAGGAUGAUGAUGACUGCAUCCCAGUGCCUGCAAAAAUUGUCAAGAUUCCAGAAAUUCUUUUGGAUGAUGAGAAUAAAGCUUUUACACGGACAAAGACCGUAAAACGUUAUAUAUAUUCCUCUGAUUCUGAUGAUGAGGAACAGGAAGUUGUUAAAAUUAAAAAGAGAAAACAUUCCAGUAGUGAUAGUGAUUUUGCACCUGUUGAUGAUGAUAGUGAUGAAGACACAGAUAAUGGCAGGAAGAAAGCGAAAAAAGGCGUGAAAAGUAAUGCCAAAGAACCAAGCUUGAGUAAACCCAAAAGGAAAGUGAAGGCGGAUCUACAAGAAAUUUCACCAAAAAAGAAAAGAAAAUUGGAACAGGGGACCACUAAAAAAACUAAUAAAACUGUGACCAAUAAAAAGCAGAGGGUAACAAAAACAAAGACAAAUGUUAAGUCAGAAGAUUUACUUUCAGAAGUCACUGUCAAAGAAGAAGUGUCACAAUUAAAUGACAUAGAAGAAGUGAGUGAGGUCAUAGAAGAUGUUGAUGAAAAAACAGAUGUGAAUAGUAAAACCAAUAAACCUAGCAGCAAGAAAGCCUUACCCAAGCAUGCAGAUAUGUACUGGAGAGAUGCAGAACUACUAGCAGAUCUGCAAGAAAUAAGCCCUGAAAUAGCUGAAAAUGUCAUUAACCUGUUUGACACAGACAACACUAUACCAUUCAUUGCUCGCUAUCGAAAGGAACUCACUGGUAACAUGGAGGCCGAGAAAUUGCGCCAUGUUAAGGAAUCAUAUGACUACAUAAAGAGUGUGAGAGCUAAAGCUAUUACUGUGAUGAACAGUAUUGCAAAAGUUGGAAAACUGACUCCCGACCUGGAAAGAAGCAUUAAAUGCUGCCGCAGUCUUAAUGAAAUUGAACAUUUUUAUGCUCCAUACAAGACAGGUGGCACAGGGACUUUGGCAGACCGAGCUCGUAAGCUUGGUUUGGAGGCUCCGGCAAUGGCCAUAUUAAAUGGAGAGGGAGAAAUAGUUUGCAGUAACUUGGUACAGCCAGGAGUAAAAGGACGAUCAACCAUUCAGGAAGUGAUUACUGGUUGUCAGCAUAUAAUAGCUGAUGCAAUUUCGAAGGAUGAGGCCCUUAUCGACUUUGUUAGAGAAUUAAAGAAGACAUUGUACAUUCAACUGGAGUGCAAACAAGCACAAGAGAGAAAGGCUGCUACAAAAACUGUAAAGGUUGGAAGCAAAGGAAGUAAACCAAGUUUAGUUAAAAAAGAAAAAGAGAAGAAAGGAAAAGUGAAGAAAGAAGAAGAUGCAAGCAAAUUUGAAAAUUACUACAAUUUUUCUGCAAAUGUGAAGUUUAUCAAACCUCACCAGGUUUUGGCUAUUUUCCGUGGGGAGAAUCUAAAGGCAUUGUCAGUGAAGCUCAACUUUCCCAAAUUUGCAUUCGACCGCAUAUUCUCAUUCUGCCACAGACGUUGGCUGUCGAAAGGAAAAUUCUACGAGUUUCGUUCUACUUUAUUCCAGCAGAGCUGUCAAGAUGCAUACAGCCGACUCAUUGAGCCUUUAAUAGCACGUCAAGUUAGAUCAGAAUUACUGCAAAUAGCAGUGUGUGCUGCCAUUGAAGUUUUUGCAUCAAAUUUGAAAGCACUUCUUCUUGCUCCGCCGUUACGAGGAAAAUCUAUUCUAGGAAUUGAUCCUGGUUUUCGUAACGGAUGUAAGCUGGCAGUUAUUUCAGCUACUGGUGAAGUACUUCGCACUGAUGUUAUUUACCCACAUACAUCAAAAUACCAAGUACCAGAUGAUGACCCAGAUGCACUGAAACUGAAAGACAUUAUUACGGGAUCACAGUGUGAAGUAAUAGCCUUGGGUAAUGGUACGGCGUGUCGGGAGACAGAGGAAUAUUUGUCACGGUUGAUCUCCUGUGGUUGGUUCAAGCCAUUUAAUGUAUCAUUUGUAAUUGUUAGUGAACAAGGUGCCAGUAUUUACUCAUGCAGUCCUCAGGCCAAAAAGGAGUUCCCUACAAUGGAUCCCAAUUUAAUUAGUGCAGUUUCAGUGGCACGGAGACUGCAGGACCCUAUGGCAGAACUAGUUAAGAUAGAACCAAAACAUCUAGGUGUUGGGAUGUACCAGCAUGAUGUUCCUGAGAAAAAGCUAGUGGCAACUUUGGAUGAAAUAGUUAGUGAAUGUGUCAGCUUUGUUGGAGUUGAUAUUAAUACAGCUUCAGAUUGCAUCCUCAGGCACAUUGCUGGUUUAAGUGCCACGAAAGUACAGAAUCUUAUUGAAUGGCGAUCCACUAGAGGACCUUUCAUUAAUAGAAAUCAGCUGAAACUUGUAAAAGGAAUAGGCAGUAAGACCUUCGAACAAUGUGCUGGAUUUAUUCGUAUUAUGCCACAGACAUUGGAAAUGAGGGAAACAAAAAAUUUGGCCAGUGCUGGAGAGAAACCAAAUGUGCUGGAUCAAACAUGGAUUCAUCCAGAGUCAUACGGCAUUGUCAAUAGGUUCUUAACUAUUUGUUGCUUGAGACUGGAAGAUUUUGGAAAACCAGAUUUUGUCGAGCGUGUUCAUAAUGUAGUUGAACAGAGAGGUUUGACCCAGCUGUCAAAUACAUUGGAAUGUUCUGACAGCCAGCUGCAGUUGAUAGCCGAUGCACUGCAAAAACCUCCUGGGCAUGAUUUAAGGUGUACUUCAGAUGCUCCUCUUUUUCGCAAAGAUAUCCGUAGCAUGGAAUCCCUGCAGGCAGGUCAGAUUGCAACAGGCUGUGUACGUAAUGUUACACAAUUUGGGGCAUUUGUGGAUAUAGGUGUUGGGAGCAAUGGACUGGUACAUAUUUCCAAAAUGAAAGGUGCAAUCCUCCGUGUGGGUCAGAAAGUGGAAGUAAAGGUUCUUUCAGUAGAUCUAAGAAGGAAGAGAAUUUCUUUAGCACUUGAGAAAGCGUUUUAAUUUACUUCAGGGUUUUUUUUUAUUUUUAUUUUUUUAUUUAAAGAAUAUUUGUAAUUUUUUACGAACUCUGUUCCUGACUUCGAGUCUGACUGAAGGAUGCAAGCUGUUUGUAUUGAAUUUAUCCAUACUGUAUAUUAUAACUUGUUUUGUAAAGAUUUCUGUGUAAAAAUAAAGAAUACUUUUAUUA